CGGCCGGCAGUUGACUGCGGUUCGUUAGUUAGUCAAGUCGAAACUAUACCGGUACGCUUCGGAGGGGUGUGUUUUUGUGCUAGUCGUAGUUGUGUUUUGCGAUCGUAUUGCGAUCACUAUCUCGCGUAAGCCCGCGUGGUUCGACGCGACGCACUCUGUACUUAGUUCGGUUCCCAUAAUGCAUUACUGCACGCAUGUAAUUGUUUUCCCGUGAGCAACAACCUAGACGAAAUUUACACGAGAGUAGAGAUUCAUCGUUGUUCUGCUACGUCAUCACUCUCUGCAGCGGACACGACAAGAGAUACACAAAUCUUGGAUAAUUGAGUUCCCGGUUGGCAAGACCUUCAACAUGCCUGCUCAAUGCCCUCGAUUUGGGCUAAGCGCGGUGCAUAUGGGGGUGGCACUUCUAUUUUUAUUGACUACCUCUGCAACCCUUAGAAAUGUUGGAAAUCAUCGAUCGAACCAGCUACAAAAUCAACCCGACGCAGUUCUUUUAAACAAUGAUCUUGAUUGGAAACUCGUCAAGGAAGUGUUCCAUCAUGAACAGAAAAACGUAAUUUUUUCUCCGUUCUCCAUCAAAUUGUUGCUUUCCCUGCUGUACGAAGCAUCAAAAGAACACAGCAAAACCCGACAGGAACUAUCACUCGUUCUGGCUGGCUCAGACCUGGAAAAGAAUCGACUAUUGUAUCAGGAAUUCCUGGAAAGUUCCACGAAAGAAAACAGCAACUAUCAGUUCAACGUUGGAACACGGAUUUUUACUGAUCAAAGGGCGGCCAACGUUUCAGAUGCUUAUUCCGAUUUGGUGCAGAAUUGCUACAAAACUAGUAUAGAGUCUGUGGAGUUUGACAGUCCCAAAGAGACUGCUAACAAGAUCAACGAAUGGUGCUUUAACAUUACUAAUGGACACUUGAAAGAUCUAGUAGAUGAAGAGCUCAUCAAGGACUCAGUAAUGGUGAUAGUGAACGCUCUGUUCCUGAAAGCUUCGUGGAGAAAUUCGUUCAAAGAAGAGCUCAACAGAAAGCGGAAUUUCUACGUGUCGGAAAACACCACCGUUGAAGCAGAGUUUAUGGAGCAGACUGACAUCUACCAAUAUCUCGACGAUCCUGAUAUGCAGCUUGAAAUGGUUCGAUUACCUUAUAAGGGUCGCCACUUUUCGAUGACCAUAGUUCUGCCCUACGCAAACCGGUCAUUGGGGAAAAUGGUCGAGUCCCUCACAGACCAAAACCUGCUGAAACUUGAAUCGAACCUACAACGGGACGAAAUUGUAGUCAUUAUUCCCAAAUAUAAAUUCGACUACAGCACAACGCUCAAUGAUGUGCUGAUAAGGCUGGGAAUAACUGAAGUAUUCACCGAUAAAGCUGAGUUACCGGAACUCUCCGGAGGCAAGAACUCAACAUUGGCAGUGUCAAAAAUGCUUCAAAAGGCUGGCAUUGAAGUCAACGAAAAAGGAACUCUAGCUUUCGCAGCCACAGAAAUUCAACUGGUAAACAAAUUCGGCAUAGACGAUAUGCCUAUUCAGUUUAAAGCGAACCGACCCUUCAUGUUCUACAUCAAAGACGAAGAUUCGGAUGCUGUGCUCUUUGUUGGAAAAGUAGAGAAUCCCGUGGCGACGGAAAAACUACCGUAGACUAAACCGUGAGGAGAAACUGAACGCUCUGUGUUACCAAAUGAAUGACGUUUUUUUAAUUGUAGCUUUAAUUUUGUGUCUAGCCUAGAUCUGUAUACGAAUGCAAAACGGAA